CCCAAAUUUUUCUUCCCUUCCGCGCGUCGUCUCCUCCUCCUCCGCCGGCGAUUCGCGCGCCUCUUCCUUCGCCGCCGCGGCGCUGCGAAGCCUGCCGGUGAUCUCCGGAGACGGACGGGUGGGGUGGUUUCGCGGCCUGAAGGGUUCGGGCUCGGUUCUGACUCCUCUCUCUCUCUCUCUCUCUCGGCGCCUGCGGAGGUCGGGGGCUUUGCCGGCGGUGGGCUAGGGUUUCGCCGCCUCGAGCUCCGGGGUACAUGAGAUCUAGGGUUCUGAGAUCAGGAGGAGGGUUAAAUUUUUCUGGAGAAAAUCAAUACUGUACACCAGAUAGAUAUUGCUGCUGAAUAUUAAAAAAAAACAUGAAGCCUCCUCAGCAGCGCUAUGAACCAGCUGAUACAGGAACUAUUGCAAAAUUUGGCUGCAGCAAGAUGCAAAGCCUGAAGCCUGGCAAAUAUAUCAAUAAAUCAUCAGGCAAUGCUAGCACAAAACACAGAAGAGCUGGUAUCUCAGCACCUCAAUUGUGUACUGAAAAACAAAUUGCACUUAAGGAUGGCAACUUUAUGGAAGCACCGUUCCAUGUUUCUAUCUCUUCUCGACCACCCACCCAUUCUGGAAAGAUCAAGCUUCAACUGUUCCCAAUAGAUGAGGAAAUUCAGAAGGUUUUACAGCAGGAAAACCGCAAUCCUUACCUGGAAUUGAUUCUGGCUCCUCGAAAGAAAAUAUCCUCAGUUGUGCAGCAUCUGAACGCAAAAUGGGGCAAUUCUCAGUGUGCAAGAGGCGAACUCAUGCUAUUCCCUAAUGAUGCUAAACUGGAUAACAUAACUGUUAGUGAAAAAUGGACUCAUAGUGAUUCUUGCACGGCUGCUGAUGUGCAUGCUGCUGUCGGCAGCCCUUCAAUAUUUCGCUUAAGGUAUGGUUGGUUUGAAACCAAUUUUGGGCAACGAAGCAGUGCACCAUCUUUAGGAUCAGUGCAUUCGGCAGGCAAGAUAAUCAGAAAUGAGCCUUUAGAUCCUGUUUUCAGGGAGCAGAAACAGAUGGCUUGUUUGAGUGAGUUCCCGAGUAACUUUGCUGCACCGUCCAUUGAGGCCAGUACCGUAAAUACUCUGAAACAGGAUAAUCAAAGCAAAGGGACACCUCUUUCAUGGAUUGAUUGCAUAUCUAAUAUAAGUUUUGGAGCACUAUUAGCUGAAUCAGCACCUUCUCGAGACAGCAAGCAGUUACUUUCACAAAAUAACUCAAGUCUCCAACAGAUACCUCCUACUGCUGAUUCAUUUGAUGCUGCUAUUGCUUCCCUGAUUGCUCGCCAACAAGCAAGUAGCCAGCCGAAGGUGUCAAAUCCAUCCCUUUGGGACGCAGAAGAAACGUGCCAUGCAUUUCCUUCCCAGAAUCGAUUGAGAUCCUGAUUCAUUAAGAGAUCUAAUUACUUUGAGAUCCUGAAGGCUCUCGUGUAAAUACGUAAGAGAAAUGACCGCCUUUGUUAUCUAAACCUUUGGACUAACAAUAAACAUAAUCAUCAUACUGUCUGUUAUUAUUAUGAUUACUGUACUAUGACUCUUUGGGCCGCUGCUAUGAUUCUUUUCAAUG